UCGGUAAAACAGAAUUGUCAAAACCAUAUGACUACGUGCGUGAAAUAGAUAAAUUUACACAAAAGAAUAAAUUUAUUACCAUAAAAGACAAUUGUUUUAUUAAAAUAUUAAGUUACAUAUUAAUGAAAUUAUAAUCUAAGUAUUCAAUAGUGAAUCCAAAAACAAUUUAUAUAAGAAAUAUUUUCACUUUUCAAGUUAAAUGCAAUAGAAGUUAACCUCUUCAGCUAGUACAAAAACAUUCAUUUUUUUUUAUACCACAACAAUAAUGGAUAAAAAAGAAGGAAUACCUUCAAAUGAAGAAAUCAUUGAAGAAUUAACGAAAGAUUUAAAAGAUUCUGCUAUUAAGUGCGAAUCAGACCUACAAAAAGAAAGUUCUAGUGCCAGUUGUGAUAAAAAUUCAAACGCUGAAUCAUGUAGGAUAGUUGAUGAAGAAAGCAAUGAAGAAAAUAACUCCAAACCUCCUAGAAACGAAAAUGAUGAAAUUGAAGCAAGAUUAAAGGAUCGAGAGUUGGAGCUGAGUGAUGAAGAUAAAGAAAAACUAAAAAAAGAAGCUGAAGAAUUGAAGAAAAAAGGCAAUGAUCAUUUUGUUGCUUCAGAGUUUAAGGAAGCUAUUGAAAUUUAUACUCAAGCUAUUCUCACCUGCCCUCUGGCUUAUCCAAACGACAGAGCAAUUUUAUAUGCCAAUAGAGCAGCUGCAAAAACAAAGAAUAACGAUGAAAACUCUGCCAUUGAAGACUGCACAAAAGCCAUAGAAUUAAAUUCUACUUAUUUUAAAGCUUAUUUAAGACGCGCACAAUUAUAUGAACGUACUGACAAGCUUGAUGAAUCGUUAGCAGACUAUAAGAAAAUAUUGGAAUUCGAUCCUGCUCAUUCAGAAGCAAAUUACGCUGUUAGACGACUACCACCAUUGAUCGAACAAAAGAAUGAAAAACUUAAAGAAGAAAUGCUUGGAAAGCUGAAAGAUUUAGGAAAUAUGAUACUUAAGCCUUUUGGUUUAUCUACAGAAAACUUUAAGAUGGAAAAGGAUCCUAAUAGUGGUGGAUAUUCAGUUAAAUUUAAUCAAAACCCUAGUUAGUUUAUUAAUUUAAUUCCUAAGGUAAAAAUAAUCUUUAACUAUGAUUAUUUAAAAUUAACAUUUAUGAUAAGGUUAUUUUGAAUGAAUAUAUUAUA